AUGAAGGAGCGAAACCAUCUCAAUGUUUACAAAGGCCCCUAUUCGGUCAAGGAUUACUUCAAUCCCGAUGUGGCACCACUGCUGCCCCUCGUGGAGCUACCCGACAGCCUCAACCCUUAUCGACAAGAUGGCGUACGCAUAUAUGCUAAGAUGAUGACCAUGCAUCCUGCAAAUAACGUCAAAGCAAUGCCAGCACUGAAUCUGCUUGAGCAUGGUGUCGUUCCGGACAAGACUCACACUGUCGUGGAGUACAGCUCUGGAUCUACUGUCAUCUCUAUGGCCAUGGCCUCCCGUGUACUCUACGGCCUGAGCGAUGUACAUGCGUUCCUGAGCAAUAAGACGACCGCUGCUAAACUAAGGCUGAUGCAGUUCUUCGGUCUUAACAUACUUACUGACGUCUCACUCGCGGCAAGUACUUUGUUUGGCGGGCCCUCCCAACCGGAACCGAAUGAUGAGCGUGGAGGUAUUCGUGCUGCAUAUCGCUGGGCACAGAAGUCCGAGUCUGUCGUCAACCCAGACCAGUAUGGCAAUGAUCUUAACUGGCAAUCGCAUGUGCGGUGGACAGGCCCUCAGAUUCUGGAGCAGCUGCCUGAGAUCAACCUGAUUUGUGCCGGGAUGGGCACAUCUGGAACAAUGUCAGGAUUGGGGACCUUCUUCAAGGAGAAGAAAUCCUCUGUCUAUCGUCUUGGUGUAUGUACGGCGGCAGGCGACCGAGUGCCAGGGCCGCGAUCCCUAGCUCUGUUGGCCCCCGUGACUUUUCCCUGGAGGUCCGCUGUUGACCACAUAGAGGAGGUCGAAUCGCGCCCUUCAUUCUCGCUGUCCCUUAAGCUUUGCCGAAAUGGCAUCAUAAGCGGUCCUUCAUCAGGUUUCAACCUCCAAGGAUUGUUCCAGUUCAUCGAGAAACGAAAGCAGGAAGGCACCUUGGCUAAGCUUACAGGGGAGGACGGCGAGAUGCACUGUGUCACUCUAUGCUGUGAUCUCCCGUAUCAGUAUAUUGAUGAGUACUUUAGCAAAUUAGGUCUGGAAACAUUCCCUGCUAUCAAGAACUCGGAGCUGACUGUAGUUGACCUAUACCGAUAUGACUCGUCCUGGGAAAAGGAACCAUCAGCAGCACUGGCUGACUUCUAUCAGCUUGAUAUGGUCCUGGCAAGAGAUCUGUUGUUCUUCCUGUCCAAGAGGCGAGUCAAGGAACGCCAAGGCUGGGAGAAGAUUGUGAGCCCUGUACCAGACACAGUCAUCGUCGAUCUGCGGCAGCCCGAAGACUACGAUCAAUUCAGCCUACCUGGUUCCGUGAGCUUCCCGCUCGUCCAGGCAGGCGGGCCGAGUCCCUUCUCGAACGCUAAACUCUUGGCGUCGCUGUGGCGUGAAUUCGGGGUUAGCCUAGGUUCCGAAAGCGAGGAGAUCUGCUCCCAGAUACGCGGCAAGCGUUCGCUCAUCAUCUGCUACGACGGAGACUCUGCCCGCGUCGCUACUAGCGUGCUGAGGGCAAAAGGCUACGCUGCGGACAGCAUGGGUGGUGGCAUAAAGGCCCUGCAUCGCCUCGACUCGCAGUUGGAGGGUGAUCAGCAUGGCUACGGCGGCUAG